UCGCCAGCGCGACCAUUCUUCGGCUACCUCCGCCGAUGAGUCGUGUUGUUCUUCUUUUUCCUGUUGUUGCGUUCUAUUCCCACGAUAGCAACGAACGGCGGACUCCUAAAUCCCGCGUGAACGUCGCGCGUCACUGCGACCUCGUCUCGGUGCAUUCGAAGCCACUUUAGCUCGUUAGCUGCGUCGCAGGUUAGCAAGGCGAGCUCAGCUCAGCAGAGAGCCACCGUGACUGCAAAGGGAGUGGAAAUGAGCCACGAAAAGUGAGGGAGACAUCGUCGUGGUGUGGGACAGAAGCCGAGCUGGGGACGACGUCAACCUCCGGACGCUCACAUGGACUCGCGCGCUGCAGACGUCCGUCAAGAAGACGUCCCCCGUCGCUCUAAAGAUGAAGACGAGGAGCCGUCCCACGUCAAAGAGGAAGAGCAGGAAGUGGACAUCAACCAGGAGGUGAUUCGUGUCAUCGUGAAGAGCGAAGAUGAAGAGGAUGACGAACGUGCUCAGAGGAGGGCAUCCCAAGCCGCUCCACCCUUGGACAGCGAAAACGAAAAUGACGAGGAAGAGCACUCGCAAGGUGAUCAACUCUUGAAAUGUUCUCAGUGCGACAAAACGUUUGGCUACAAGAGGAAUUUAACGGCGCACAUGAGAAGUCACAUGGGGGGGAAAACAUUCGCGUGCUCGUUUUGCGGCCGAGGAUUCCGCCGCAAAGCGCAUAUGGUCGCGCACACGAGAACGCACACGGGCGAGAAACCUUUCUCCUGCUCCGUGUGCGACAGCAAAUUCAACACCAGAUCCACGCUAAACCAACACAUGAGGACGCACACGGGAGAGAAACCUCACACUUGUUCAUUUUGCGGCGAGAGAUUCGCCCAAAGGGGCCAAAUGGUCUCGCACACCAGGACCCACACGGGCGAAAAACCGUUCUCGUGCUCCGAGUGCGGCGCCAGUUACAGCCUCCGCUCGGCGUUGGUUCAUCACAUGAGAACGCACACGGGCGAGAGACCCUUCUCCUGCUCCGUCUGCGGGAAAACUUUCUCCAGGAAGAUCACCUUGAAAGAGCACACCAGGACGCACACCGGAGAGAAACCUUUCUCAUGCGCCGUGUGCAACAUGACUUUCAGCUACCAGACCACGUUAAUCCGACACAUGAAGACGCACUCGGACGAGAAACCUUUCUCUUGCUCCGUGUGCGCCAAAAGCUUCAACGUGAAGAGAAGCUUGAAAGCACACACGCGGACGCACACCGGAGAGAAACCGUUUGCGUGUUCCGUGUGCAAUACCAGUUUUAGCUCACAGACAUCUCUGGCCAGACACGCACAGACACACACGGGGGAAAAACCUUUCAUUUGCUCCGUUUGCGGUCAAACUUUCUCCCAGAAAAGCACCUUAGUGAAGCACACCAGAACGCACACGGGCGAGAAACCCUUCACGUGCUCGUCUUGCGGUCAAGCCUUCGCCGAAAAGAGCAGUUUGAUGUCGCACACCAGGACGCACACGCACGAGAAGCCGUUUGCCUGCGACGUUUGCGGCGAAAGCUUCGCCCAGAGAGGGAACCUGUUGGCCCACGCCAGGACGCACAGCGGUGAGAAACCCUUCGCAUGCCUGGUUUGUGCCAAAAGGUUCACCAGGAAAAACAGUCUGCUCAUCCACACCAGGAAGCACACGGGAGAGAAAACGUUCGCCUGUCACACUUGCCAGGAAAGGUUCACGUAUAAAUUCCAGCUCGACAAACACGCGUGCUCGGGAAACAAAACGCACUCUUGAUGCCCUCGACAACGAAACUGUCUCCUCCGAGCAGGCACGGGGACGCGACCGCCUCUGCCUCAUUUCGGGCCGCUUCCGGCUCUUAAAACUUCGAGAAAAAACUGACCGGCGUUGCACUCGCUGCGUCUUUUGUUUGGCUUACGAGCAGUGAUCGAAAGAUGUCUUUGCAAAUGUAGGUAUUGGCCCCCCCCCCCCCCCUUCUCAAAUUCUUAUGUUUUUGCAUCGUUUCCCCCACUUUAAUGUUUAAGCUCAUCAAACAAAUGUAAAUAUCAGACAACUAUAACCCAAGUGAACUUCAAAUGUUUUUUUAAAAUGGUAAUUUUAUUUAUUAUUUUAUUAAGGGGGCGGGGGUGGGGGGGGGGGGGGGGGAAGAUUGCCAAUGAUGGUGUAUUGGUCCACUCGCCUGACUUUGGUGCGGGCAGCGUGGGUUCAGAUGGUCUGGGGCUGCUUUCCUCCUUCGAGACCUGGACGACUUGCUGUGAUUGACGGAGCCAUGAAUGUUGCUCUUCAACAGAAAAUCCUGAAGGAGAAUGUUCGGCCAUCCGUUUGUGACCUCAAGCUGAAAUCGCCAUUUAGCAGCAGCAUUUUAAGUUCACUUGGGUUCUGUGUGUCUGAUAUUUACAUUUGUUCCAUGAUCUUAAGUGCAAAAAUAAGAACUUGAACGCCACGUGACCGACGCGGAACACGGAAUGGCUGACCACCUGUAUAUGCUUUGGCGAGCGAUCGUCACUAGUAUUGAUGACACGAUUGUUUGAAGCCCAAUGUCCGUUUUCUCCAUGGCUUGGCGUCUUCGGGCAAAGGUCAAUUUGCGUACCGUGUAUCAUUUACUGCUAUGAAUAUGAUGUCAUGUGUGUAAACAUGAAGGAAGCCCUCAUCUCGCCGUUUGUCAUCUUUGGUUGCUCUGUGCUGACAACUUGUGACAUGAAAGCCGAUCGCCAUAAAGUGCUAAAUAUCGGCCGAUAAAAUCGGUGUAAAGUCUACAGAGAAGUGAAUAUGGCAUAAAAAAAAAAAAGUGUAACAAUGAGUCCCCACUUACAACUCUGAAAAUGUCAGAAGAAUCGGCCCGGUGUUUACGAUUUUAUAGACCGACCAUUUGAGAAUAAAGAAGACACGUGACGUCCCUAAAGUCCCAAAUAUUGCUCCAAUGGUUGUAAUAUUUUCAGAGGUCGGAGUUGCCAUGAGUAGAAACGUCGCCGUAACUUCUGGUGAUGAUC